GCGUCGCUAGGAAGGCAUCCACCGCUGCACCCGUCUGCCCACACGAAUCGCCAGCACAGCACGAUGGCCCACUGCCGACUGAUGUACGUGUGCUCGGCGCUGCUCGCCGCCGCCGCCGCCGCCGCCGCGGUGGCCGACGCCGCCAUGGACCCGGCGUCGACGCUGGAGUGUCACCGCCGCCUGUACACGUACAAGGUCACCAAGACGGACGCCGACGGGCGCGCCUGCUGGGACGUCAUCAACGUCAUGUCGUGCUGGGGGCGCUGCGACUCCAACGAGAUCUCCGACUGGCGGUUCCCGUACAAGCGCAGCUUCCACCCGGUGUGCCUGCACGACGCCCGCGAGCGCCGCUCGGUGCGGCUGCGCAACUGCGAGGAGGGAGCCGCCCCCGGCACCGAGCGCUACGAGUUCCUCGAGGCCGUCUCCUGCCGGUGCGCCGUCUGCCGCUCCUCCGAGGCCAGCUGCGAGGGACUGCGCUACCGCGGCCAGCGCUCCGGCCCUUUCAAAGCGCUCGGCCGCCGGUAGAGGCGAAGCAGUUCACGCCAACCCAAACUGUCGCGUUGCCAGCCAUCCACUCCACGUACACAAAACUUCGUACUAACGCUGGUUUACCUUCCCUUCUGUUCUCUCUCCUUUCACACUUCCAUACAGGCUCAUCUACCCUAGGAAAUAAAAAAAGAAAUGUUCUGAGGUAUUUCAAUUUUUUCUGUGAUUUCCCCCCCCCCCCCCGCCCCCCUCUUAUAAUCUUAUCUGGGUUUUCAUCAACUACCUGUCAACAAUUAUUACACCAAUGUUCUUAAACAUACGUCUCUCUUCAGCCUUUCCCAGGAGACUAAUGUAGGUCUCUGGUCUGCUAUGAGCCUAAAGAGGCUACCAUCUGGAGGCAACUCGAUCUCUGAUGCGCCUCCAUAAGAACAGCAUGGACACCUGCAUUUCCUACUUCCCAACAGUAACCACCACUAACUGCCUAACUUAGACAAAGGGAUAUAUUGUGGAAUUUACGCAACUUGUGAUUUGAUCCAUUAUAAAUGGUUUUUGAAAGCCUGCGACUGUAGAUACAAUAUGUUUGUUUAUAAAUAAAUAAAUCUUCUGCUACCAGUCACGAUUUUCUCUUUAUUUUACUAUUCGCACGACGCGUUUCGAGAAAUAAUUCCCAUCAUAAAAAAAAUGGCUUAAUACACACCAAAAACGCACUUGAAAAUGGGAUUUAUUUCUCGAAACGCGUCGUGCAUAUAUUAAAAUAAAGGAAAAAUCGUGACUGGUAGCAGAAGAUUUAUUUAUUUAUAAACAAACCUAUUACACAACUUGAUCUGGUGGCAGACCUGAAAGCCAUGUAUUCUUACACCUUUUAGGUUCUGUUGGCUUAUGUACAGAGUACAGAUAACUUCUGGGGCAUCACAUUAAAUUUCUAUUCCCUUUAAUACAGAACCUACUUUGAACUACUUUCUCACAAUAUGCAUUAUUUCUGCCAAACUGAGCCAACCGUGGUGGAUGGCUACAAACUGACACGAUCUCUCACCAUUUAUGCCAAAGAUUACUUUCAGUAUUACCUUAGCUAUAAAUCAUUUUUACUAUCUGCCUCUGGUAAUUAGCCUUAGUAUGUAUAAUUUGUUCGUCCCUAUGAAACACGCUGAAUCGUAAAACCCGUGUGUAACUGUCAUUAGGAAUUGUACAACUCUUUAUGGGUUUUUGUUGAUUUAUUGAGUAUACCUCACAGUACCCCGUUAUGUAACAUCUUCACUUACUGCCUCUGUUGCCAAAUUAAGUUCGAUUUCUCGUUGUUUUUUUUUUCUUUUUACAAUAAACUCUUAAUCAAAGAACUUUAAGUUACUUACCUGUCCAUAAAUAGUGUGUUAUGUAUUCAAAUUAUAAGUCAACAUUGUUACGUUACAUGUACAAUUUAUUAUUCCCGAAGAGUCUCAACUGAAAACUGUUCAAAAAUAAUUUACCACAAACUGCGUUACGCUUAAAAAUAUUACCAAUAAUUUGGAGCAUAAUUUAAAAUCUCAGCUUCAGACUGCUCUGAAAGAGACGGGUGAUUUCAGAAUUCUUUUCCUGAAUAUUUGCUGUAGCAUAUAGUACAAAUGAGAAAUAGUACAAUUGACUCUCUUACUUUUAUGCUGAACAAAACUUUUAUCUAUGUCUGCCGUAUAUUAGUUAUCUCAACUGCUGUUCUUUUCUUGUAUGUUUAUUGCCAUAUAUUUUCACUGAAUGUUUAGUAUAGAAACUAGUUUCAAUUCAUGUAGA